UUGGCUACACUGUGCGUUUUGAGGAUCUCACCUCGGAGGAGACGAAAAUCAAGUUCCUGACAGAUGGGAUGCUCCUUAGAGAAGCCAUCGGAGACCCUCUCAUGCACAAGUACAGCGUCGUCGUCCUGGAUGAAGCGCACGAGCGGACCAUCCAUACCGACGUGCUUUUUGGAGUGGUGAAAGCAGCGCAGAAGAAGCGGAAGGAGCUGGGGAAAUCUCCUCUGAAAGUGAUCAUUAUGUCUGCGACCAUGGACGUUGACCUCUUCUCCCAGUACUUCGGUGGGGCUCCCGUCCUCUAUCUGGAAGGCCGCCAACACUCCAUUCAGAUCUUCUACACCAAACAGCCUCAGAGCGAUUACCACCAAGCUGCACUUGUGACCAUCUUCCAGAUCCACCAGGAAGCGCCGUAUUCUCAGGACAUUCUAGCGUUUCUGACGGGCCAGGAAGAGAUCGAAGCAAUGACCAAAACAUGCCGGGACAUCGCGAAACACCUUCCUGACGGCUGUCCUCAGAUGGUGGUGAUGCCCCUCUAUGCCUCCCUGCCUUACUCCCAGCAGCUCCGGGUCUUCCAGGUGGCACCCAAGGGUUAUCGCAAAGUGAUCCUCUCCACCAAUAUCGCUGAGACUUCCAUUACCAUCCCGGGGAUAAAAUACGUUGUGGACACAGGGAUGGUGAAAGCAAAGAAGUAUAGUCCAGAAAGUGGCCUGGAAGUUCUGGCAGUCCAGCGAGUGUCCAAGGCCCAGGCUUGGCAACGGGCAGGCCGGGCGGGGCGAGAAGACAGUGGGCUCUGCUACCGUCUUUACACAGAGGAAGAGUUCGAGGCGUUUGAGAAGAUGACGACGCCAGAGAUCCAGAGGUGCAACCUGGCCGGCGUGAUGCUUCACCUGCUGGCCCUGAGAAUACCCAAUGUCCUCACUUUUGAUUUUAUGUCAAAACCAUCACCUGAGGCCCUCCACGCAGCUAUCGAGCAGCUGGCUCUCCUGGGCGCUGUGGAAAGGAAGGACGAUCAGCUGAUCCUCACCCCCCUGGGAAGAAAGAUGGCCGCCUUCCCGCUGGAACCCAAGUUCUCCAAAACCAUCCUGGUGGCUCCCAAAUUCCACUGCACGGAGGAGAUCUUGACCAUCAUCUCCUUGCUUUCCGUGGACAGCGUCCUCUACAACCCUCCUUCACGGCGGGACGAAGUGCAGGCUGUGCGGAAGAAAUUCAUAUCUAGUGAAGGGGAUCACAUCACCUUGCUCAAUGUCUAUCGCGCCUUCAAGAACAUCAGCGGCAACCGGGAAUGGUGCAAAGAAAACUUUGUGAACAGCAGGAACAUGAUGCUGGUGUCGGACAUUAGAGCUCAGCUGAGGGACAUUUGCAUCAAGCUCUUCACCCCCCUGGAGUCCUCCCGGUCAGACACGAGCAACAUCCGUCGUUGCCUGGCUUACAGCCUCUUCAUGAACACGGCCGAGCUGCAGCCGGACGGCACGUACGCCACCACCGAUACCCACCAGCCGGUGGCCAUCCACCCCUCGUCGGUCCUCUUCCACUGCAAGCCGGCUUGCGUGACGUACAACGCGCUGCUCCACACCAAUAAGUGCUACAUGCGGGACUUGUGCGUCGUGGACGCCGACUGGCUGUACGACGCUGCCCCCGAUUACUUCCGCCAGAGGCUCAGGGCGUCCAAGAACUGACCUGAUGAAGGCAGGCUGCUGAGGGAUGAUGGAGAAUCAAAACAUUGGUACCCAAAUAGAAACUCUGUUUUGCCAGCGGGCUACCCCCUGAUAGAAGUUCCAGCCGUUUGAUGUCACCUUUAACUACUGCGCAUGGCUCCUUCCUGUCAAAUAUUGCAAUCUGGUAUUUCUGAAGGGGGUCGAAAAUGUUCUGUCGUAGUUCGGGAUAGUUCUCUGCAUGGCAAAGCUAUCAUGCAGAGGACACCGGCGGUCUCACCAAAUGACACCAGGGUACCCUUUGAUGGAGCCGUAAUUUGAAAACAAACGCCUGAAAUGGUGCAGGGUAGAUAACACACUUCUGUGCGAAUUGUAGCCUUGUUUGAGGAAUGAAGGGGUGCUGGUUUCAGCUUUUGGCUGGGUGUUGAACAAAAAAACGAAGACAACCCAAAGAGCUUUUCAAGACAGGCUUGACGGACCUGUAUAUUUGCAGAUGGCCUUAGGGUGGGCUGUGUAAACACUGUGUGUUCCAUGUCUCCGUCCCAGGACUUUGGGAAGAAAAAGACUUUGAAACACUGUCAUUUCUAGGACGGAAAUGCUUUUCUCUCUCUCUUUUAGCAUCUUUUAACUUUAAGUCAUUGGAAACAUUUCAUUGUACUGUUGGCCAUGUGGUUUCUUGCCCAGUGCACCCAUCGUCUUACAAUGGUUCCCAACCUUGGGUAACUCAGGUGUCCUUGGGACUACAACUCCCAGAGAUCCUGGCCAGCCCAGCGAGUGACGAAGGCUUCUGGGAGUUGUAGCCCAAGAACAGCUGGGGACCCACAGUUGGCAACCACCGAUGGUUCCAGAAGAAGCGUGGGCAAAUUGUGAGAAGGGGUUGCCCCCCUGAAACCAGAAGAGGCUGGCAACCCACUGGCCGUUCUGUAAAAACUGGAGGGGACCAAAACAAGGCAUGGCGUUUGUUAGUCACCUUUUGUUGGAAUAUUCAUGGCAUCUGGAAGUUCAUCAGCUCAUUUGUGUGUUUGUGUGCGAGGUGGUGGCCUUUGGUCUGCCGACUGCUUAUAGGAGGGCAUACAGCCAGCGAGCCAGAGAGAUCAGGCUGGAACCCAAAUCCUUGUGCAUAAGAUGAUUUUAUUGCCUUAAGGACGAUGUAUGAUCACUCAAUGGUGAAGAUAAAUGGAAUCACUGAGUUAUCUGCCUGGCUGUGAAUUUAUUCCUUCGCAUGGCAGAAAGCUGCUGGAAUUGGUUUUGGCACCAACCAGUUAAGCUCUGGGAGGGGUCCUGACGUUCAGUGAGAGAACCCCGGUAUGGCAGACAGAAAGGUCCAAUCUUCAGCAAGAAUCGGGUUAAGAUGCUUGCCAGUGAAAGCAUGCGGUCCUGCGGAAUGGACUAAUUAACCCUGCCUUUAUUGAAGGCAGUACUUGCCACAAUUUGUGGUUUUAGACAACUCCCUGAAUUCCUAGACCACCCGUUACAAACGGUGGGGGAAAUCAUUGCUUUAUGU